GGAGUUUAUAGUCUAGUCCUUGCACCCAAGGCUACCAAAGGGAGGCAAAAUGAAGGAGACUAGACCAACACCGUAUCCCUAACAACAGGUUUUGGGUUGUGGGCUCUAGUGCUUAAAAGUGCAGGCAGGAGCGGUGGCAGCCAUCUUCCGGUAACUCGCCGAAAUGACGAACACAAAGGGAAAGAGGAGGGGGACCCGCUAUAUGUUCUCCAGGCCUUUUAGGGAACAUGGAGUUGUUCCUUUAGCUACUUACAUGCGAAUCAACAAAAAAGGUGAUAUUGUAGACAUCAAGGGAAUGGGCACUGUUCAAAAAGGAAUGCCUCAUAAGUGUUACCAUGGCAAAACCGGAAGAGUCUACAAUGUCCCCCAGCAUGCCCUGGGCAUCAUUGUAAACAAGCAAGUUAAGGGCAAGAUUCUUGCCAAGAGAAUUACUGUGCGGACUGAGCACAUCAAGCACUCUAAGAGCCGAGACAGCUUCCUGAAGCGGGUGAAGGAGAACGACCAGAAGAAAAAGGAAGCCAAGGAGAAGGGCACCUGGGUGCAGCGGAAGCGCCAGCCCGCCCCACCUGGAGAAGCACACUUUGUGAGGACUAACGGGAAGGAGCCUGAGCUGCUGGAGCCCAUUCCAUACGAAUUCAUGGCCUAAUGUACAAAAGGAAAUAAAAGACCUGGACUGUAAAGGGCUUUUCUUAAAAAAAAAAAAAAAAGUGCAGGCAGGAGCUGAUCUGACGGUCUUUAGAACCCACUCUCAGCUCAGUACCCAUCCCUACCCUGCUUGUCGUCCUCCCUUUCACCCCAGUGGAAAUUUCCCCCAAACUUGACUUAAUUCAGAGAGUUGAAUAGUAUUCAUUUAGACCAUAUAGCUGAAAUAACAAAUUCCAACUGAGUUCACGGUGCUGCUUCAUUCCUGCACAAC